CCCCAGGCUCUCUGGUCAGCAGCUCACACGGAGGGUCAGUGUAUCACAGAGAGAGAAGAGAGGAGCUUGUGUUAGCAGCCUGAGCUGUGUAGAGCUAGCUAGCAUGCACGAACAACUCCAGUAAAUGGCGCGUUUUAAAAGGAUAUUAUUUCAACCGCUGCUGUUUCUCGCAGUGUUUGUGCCAGGUGUGUUGUGUUUCAGUGAGUUAUUUUUCGUUAAGGAGCCACGGGAUGCAACGGUCCUGCGUAAGGACGUGGUGCUUAUGGACUGCCAGGCUCAGGGUGAGCUUCCAAUCCAGAUCCGUUGGCUGAAAAAUGGAUCUCCUAUCGUCGAGUCAGACCGUGUCUACCAACUUUCCAACGGAUCGCUUUUCAUAUCAGAGACUGAGAGCAGAAAAGGAGAGAAAUCAGAUGAAGGGUUGUACCAGUGCCUUGCUCAGAACAAAUAUGGAGCUAUCCUGAGCCAGAAAGCUCGCCUGACUAUCGCAAGUAUUUCCACAUUCACCCAGCAGCCUUCCUCCUUAGUAGUGACGGAGGGAUCGGUCGCACGCUUCACCUGCAGAAUCAGCGCCGUACCUCCACCAAUCGUCACCUGGGAGUUCAACCGAGUCACCUUACCGCUGGCCACCGACAGAAUCACGGUGCUGCCCGGCGGAGUGCUGCAGAUCCAAGGAGUAGACCAAAGGGACGCUGGGAAUUACCGAUGCGUGGCCACCAACAUCGCCAGCCGUCGCAGGAGCGUGGAGGCCGCGCUGACUGUAACACCAGCUCCGUCUCCCAGGAUUCCCCAGCGGCCGCACAUCAUCGCAGGACCACGGAACCUCACCGUGGCGGCUCACGGCAGCGCCCUCCUGGAGUGCGUGGCAGUGGGGAAUCCUCGUCCGCUGAUCUCAUGGAGCCGCGCCGACCACAAACCCAUCGACGUCUACAACACCAAAGUGCUCGGCAACGGCAACCUGCUCAUCUCCGACGUUAAGAGGCAGCACUCCGGUGUGUACGUGUGCCGUGCUACGACGCCGGGCACCAGGAACUUCACGCUCGCCGCUGCUAAUGUCACCGUGCUUGAACCCCCGUCUCUGGUGGAGUGGCCGGAGAGUCUGACCCGUCCACGCGCUGGCACUGGGCGCUUCGUGUGCCAGGCUGAGGGGAUGCCCACUCCCCGCAUCACCUGGCUUAAAAACGGAGAGCCCGUGCACUCCAACGGACGCAUCAAGAUGUACAACAGUAAACUGGUGAUAAACCAGAUCAUCCCAGAAGACGACGCGAUUUACCAGUGCCAAGCCGAGAACGAGCUGGGCUCCGUUCUGUCCACAGCGCGUCUCAUCGUGGUGAUGUCAGAGGACCGGCCCAGCGCGCCCAGGAACAUCCACGCCGACACCGUGUCCAGCUCGGCCAUCCUGCUGGCGUGGGAGAGACCGGCGUACAACGCGGACAAAGUCAUCGCCUACUCCAUCCACUACAUGAAAGCAGAAGGCCUUAAUAAUGAAGAGUACCAGGUUGUCAUCGGCAACGAUACCACCCGCUACAUCAUCGACGACCUGGAGCCGGCGCAGAACUACACGUUCUACGUUGUAGCGUACAUGCCCAUGGGAGCCAGCCGCAUGUCCGACCACGUCAUCCAGCACACACUCGAGGAUGUUCCUCUGCGUGCCCCAGAGCUGUCCCUCACCAGCCGCAGUCCCACGGAUAUCCAGGUGUCGUGGUUGCCGUUGGCGCUGAAGCUGAGCCGCGGCCGUGUUUCAGCGUAUCGCCUGUGGUACCGAGCCGGCUCUGAGGGAGCCACCACACAGCUGGAGCUCCCCGGAGACCAAACGCAGCACCUGCUGGAGGGCCUGCAGCCCGACACCAUCUACCUUCUGAGGAUUGCUGCCUCCACCAGCAUGGGCUGGGGAGAGCCGUGUGCCUGGACCUCCCACAGGACCCCCAAGGCCUCCAGCAGAGAAGUGCCCCUGGCGCCGGAGCUGCAGUUGGAGCCCCUGAACUGUACGACUCUCGCGGUGCUCUGGCGUUUGGCUGUGGGGAGUUCUGUGGCCGGCCUUCAGGGAUUCAGACUCUUCUACCACGAGGAGAGCCAGCCCGAGAGCCCGCCCAUCCAGAUACCCCCUCACAUCAACCGCCACACCAUCGGAGGCCUCGACCCCAGGAAGAAAUACCACGUCAAACUCCUGGCCUUCAGCUUCGUAGGCGAGGGUUACCAGGCUGAUCGCACCAUCAGCACACCGGGAUGCGUCUCGGUGCGUGAUCGUUUGGUGCCUCCUCCUCCUCCUCCGCAUCACGUGUUCGCGCGAGCCAACAGCUCCUCCUCCGUCUUCCUGCACUGGGCUCAGCCCGCCUUCACCAGCGCACAAACCGUCAACUACACGGUGCGCUGCAACCCGGUCGGCCUCCAGAACGCCUCGCUCGUCCUCUACUUACAGACCGGGGCUCAGAGUCUGCUCGUGAAGGACCUGCAGCCGAACACUCGCUAUGAGUUUGCCGUUCGGCUGCACGUGGAUCAGCUGUCCAGUCCCUGGAGUCCCGUGGUGUAUCAGAGCACGCUGCCGGACGUCCCGGCUCUGCCCCCUGCUGGAGUCAAAGUCACUCUGAUCGAAGGAGACACGGCGUUGGUGUCGUGGAAAGCGCCGGACGAGCCCAACGUCGCCGUGACUCGCUACACCAUCCUGUACGCAUCACGCAAAGCGUGGCUCGCAGGCGAAUGGCAGAUCCUGCAGAGAGAGGGAAGCAUCACCAUGGCUCUGCUGGAGAACCUGCAGCCAGGUAACGUGUACCUGGUGAAAGUGUCAGCGUCCAAUCAGAUGGGAGACGGGCCGUUCUCAGCCGCUGUGGAGCUGACCGUCAGUGCUCACGGCCACCCUGGACACACCUAUCGCUCUCACAGCUCCGCCCACACCACAGUGUUUUCAGAUCUGGACCAGCACUCGAUGGCGGGUAUUAUCGUGGGUGUGUGUAUUGCUCUCACCUGCAUCAUCAUCUGUGCCUUUAUCCUGGUGUGUCGAGAGAAAGCCAAGAAUUCCUGCACCAGCAAAGUCAUCAGGCCUGGACAAGGGCAAGCUCCGCCCACUACAGGUCACACGGCCAAUGAAAAUCAAGCCGACAGUGCACAUGUCCUGGUGCCCAUGAUGAGAGAACACUUUAUUGAUGCAAAGGGCGGGACGGAUUUAAUCAUAAACAGUUACGGCCCUGUCAGACCCUCGGCCGAGAGGAAGAAGGCACAGAAGUGGGGAUUGUUUCGGAAGGAUGAGAAGCAGGUGAAGAAGUCUCCCAUCUCCUCCUCCAUGUACCAGACAGGCUCGACUCUGCUCCGUUACUCCAUCGAGUCUCCAGGAAGUCCCUCGCUGCAGCAGCCCUCGUCGCUGCACGCCCUGCUGGGGCCACCGGGGGGCGACAGCGAGGGCUCGCACUCCAGCGAGGGCAGCCACGAGACCGGCGACUCCGGACGCUACUCACACGACGAACACGACCUCGCCAACCUGACGUCGGGAAGCCCGGGAGGAAGUCCUGAUCACAUGACCGAGGAGCACGCGCUGCAUCACGCCAUCGAGCUGGAGGAAGUGACAUCACCGUCUACCAGUCAGGAGUGAUAGCUACGAGUCAUCACUGAUACACUUCAGUAAACGGGUUUUUUUGUCUUUUUUUUUUUAAAGUUUGCGUUUAAGAGAGAGAGAGAGAGAAAGAGAGAGAGAGAGAGAGAGAGAGACUCACCCACCAUGAAUGUUUUAAAGAUUUUGUCCAAAUAAUGUGAAUGUGAUAUCAGACGUUAUUUAAGCGAGCGUAUCACUGGAGAAGGAUUAUAUUAUUACCAGCCACAAAAAAAAAAAAAAAAAAAAAAACAAACUAAUGAUUGAAACGGGUUUAAAAGUUUUGGGCUGUUUAAGGGAACUCACAGGAACAGAGCUGCAUAAUCCUAACUGGUGGCCACCCACCACCGUCGUCCCCCAUUUUUAUAUAUUUAAUAGCAACUUAUACAAAAAAAACCUGUGCGACGAGGACCUUCCUCAUCGUCACGACAACAGAUACUUCCUGAUAGCAAUAAUGUUGCUCCUGUUUGUUCUUGUCUGUCUGUCUGUCUGUCUUGCAUUGGGAUUGUAAGGGCCACGGACUUUUUCGUUACUUCCUUCUACCUCAAAGUUAUCGAAUGUUGAAAUGUUUAAACUCUGAAAAUCUGUACGUUUCUUUAUUUUCUCAGGUUCGUGUUAUGAUUGUGUGUUUUUGUUGUUUUUUUAUAUCUCCAGGUCCUUACAGUUCCCGUCUUAAACUACCUCGUUUUAAGUGUUAUUAUUAAUGAGUGUUACUUUUUUUUGUUUUGUUUUUCGUUUUUCCUCGACUCAGGGACUCGAGCUUUUAUUGCGUUGGUAAAACCGUGUCGUGUCGUGAAGAGCGCACGGUUUGAUUGACAGGGUAUUCCUGCUGAGCUCGCGCUCGGCUUCUUUCUUACCGCUGACCUCCGUUGAAUGUGUGUACAGUAUUUUCAGUAUUUUUUUUUUUCAGAGGCUCUGAAAUAAGAAAGUCUUUCAGUAGGAAUUAUACUCUAUGUCUAUGCUAGAUCUGAUUUCACUUCUAUAUUCAUUUUCUUCAGUUUUGUUUGUUUUUAAUCGUUCCUAAUGACCUCAUUUAACACAGCAAACCUUAGAGGAAUCGCUCAAGCUCUAAAAUGCUUAGGUUUUGGGCGAAUUACUCCUUUUUAAAAAAAAAAACAAAACAAUGGCCUUAAGAUGGAGUCAUGAGGAGUCAGAGAAAGAGAUUAUUUCUAUAGAAAAGAAGAAAGUGAAGUGAAGAAUGACUGUUGAAAUGCAGAAACACAAUGCGUAAAAAAACCCUUUUACCUCAGACCUGUGCGUUUUUCCCCUCGGCGUGUGUGUAUAUGUACUACUGAGUACUGAUUUCUAGUUUUGACCUUUAAUAGAGUUGAUGCUAUUAUUAUAGCUGUAGAAAUGUGAGUUUAGCACUUGUCUUUUCAAAUUGUUUUAGUCGUUUUGUAGAUCAAACUUGUGCAACGGUGACAGACGCCAUCAUCUUAAGAGCUGUUUGCUGCUUCGGUUAUUUAUUUUUUUUAUCGAAUUUUUGCUGCUCGCUGGGACGAUGUGAUGAUGACAAUGAGUUUUCCUGAAAACCAGACCAAAGACGAACGUCCCAGUGAUGAGCGAAACGCCACUGCGGUACUGCGAGACUAAACAAAUCUGCUCAACUGAAAUCAUAUCAGACAUUUAUCCGUUCUGUUAAAGGUGAAAUCCACGUCGCUAUUUAUAACCAAUCUGUGACCUUCAACAGGUUAAACUCUGGUUAACUCUUUCCUACAUUACCCACAAUGCCGUUCGACUACCUUACUGACAGUGGUGCAGUGGCUUCCUCUCUACAUAAAGGGAGCGAUGCAGCGGCGCUUUAGUACUUUAGUCUCAGAGAUCUAGUCGAGAACUAGCCGAGUCGUCGCAUAGACGCAUUGCAUUCUGGGACUUUGAGUCUAGCGUUUUCACCAACGUUUCCACUAAUUCUGCUUUAGAUUCGUUAUUAAUAUGAUGCUGGAAAAUGGUGAGGAGCUAACCAUUAACAUCGAAACCUGUUUUAUGUCUUAUGCUUGAGAUCAUAUACAUUUUUUUCAUUUCUCCUACGACCGAUAAAGUCUCAGAGGAAUAAAAAAAAAUUAAAAAAAAAAACACAGCCUCAACCAAAAAAACAUAUGAGACAGCAGAAUCACUGAGCAGAAAUAUUUCCUUACAAAUAUAUUUAACGUGUUUCAGGAUGGAGUUUUCAUUUAAUUCUGAUUAAUCACUCACACUUCCUGAGCAUUCAGACGUUUCAGUUCAACCUCACAUACUGCACAGUAUAAAAUACUCGAUUUUAACUACACAACUCGACUACCUAAACACCGCAACGCACUCGUGUCAGUCAGUUUACUAGGCAGCUUCGGGAGUUUUAACGCCACCUCUGUAGCAGCAGCGGAAAUUCAUGCGAUUCCUGAUCAAAUCGGACUUAAGCUCCGCCCCUUGCUGCCAUCUAAUACUCCCUAAGGAGCUUCUUUACUUCAGUAUCAGUAGAAGUGAUGAAGAUUCAGGAUUCUAACACAUGUCCAGUUUUCUCCACUCACCACUCUUCGAUAAAUGAUUCAAUCAUUCCAUUAAAAUGAAACACUAGAUGAGUUGAGUUUGUUUGUUUGUUGUGUCUGGCAGUGAAACAGAGGCGUAAGAUGCUGCUUUGUUUGUUUGUUUGUUUGUUUUGUUUGUUUGUUUGUUUUUUCCCUCGACGCCCUCGGUGCCUCCGAAUCCGUACGGCGACCAAAGAGUUGAGAUGCGGGCAAUCUCAGCGCUCCUGAGGUGCAGGGGCUGCGAUACAAAUCAAAAAAACCCUCCCUCUGGAUCUCAUGCGUGAACUUAAAAUAACGAACAGAUCGAUCGUUGGCCUCCGUAAAAGACUUUUCAAGCAGCGUGGAUGUGUGUGGAUUAUAGUCAGAGAGUUAUAUUUAGAUAUUUAGGAACAACGUAGAGGAUGGAGCCGUAUGUCUUACGUCACUUAUAGCAGAGAACUAUUCGAACAAUCGAACGUUUGAUUGCAAAUUCUACAAUCAGAGGAAGCCAAUCGAUCCGUUCUGCAUGAACCAGAGAGACACAAUCACAUUUCUGUUAACAAACGUUCAUUUCAAAAGCAAACAACCUUAAACCAAAGAAUGUGGUCACCGUUGCACAGAUUAUCUCGUCCUCCUGCCCUUUCUUUUUAUUUUUUUGCAUGAUGUUUUAUAAAUCAAAAGUUGCUGAAAGGGCGUCUGAGAAUCGUCGAGCGUUCCACUGCUGAGCUUUCGUCAAUCCGUUCAGACAAAACCAAACAAAACAUUUAAAAAAAAAAAAAAAAAAAAAAAAGUUGACUGACUUUGUAACUUUUCUCACUGGAGGAGAAAAUUCUAUUUUAUUACCUAAUGUCCCAUUUUUUACAUCACUGUUUAAAAAAUAAAAAGACAUGAUUUCGAGAAGAAAGUCGUAAUAUUACAAGAAAAAAAGAAUUCUGUCGAAAUAUUGUGACUUUUUUUUCUUGUGAUAUCAAAUGACUUUUUUUUAUCCAACUAUUACGACUUUAUUCUCAAAAUCUUGUAUUUUUUUUUAAACAGUGACCCUAAAAUGCCUUUGUACAUUUCUUUUCCUUUCCUGGGAAACUUCUGAGUGAAGGUUCAGAGUGAAAUUUGGGUUGUUUUUUCCACGACGCCUGCCCUUUUUUUUUUUUUUAAUUAUUAUUAUUAUUAUUAUUAUUAUUUUUACACUGUGAAUACACGCAACUGUUUAUCGUUUCAUGUACAUGUCAUAUGCUGUGUUUUUACUUUGCUUUUUAUUUCCUUUUUAUUAUGAUUUUUUUUUUUUUUCGGUGAGUGUGUGUGUUCCUCCGCUGAGCUCUGAGUCUUUUUCCUGAAUGAGUCGUUACGUUUCUGAAGCAGCCACGUGAGAUUGAGACUGAAGCGACCGGAAAUUAAGGACAGCGUUGUGUGAUUAAAGCUCAGCUGUGUUGCGGAGGAUCACACACA